UCCCAAGCUGAACUGCCCUUAUCACAUAUGGAGACAAAAGACCUCCCACCUUGGCUGGGUCUGGGGAAAUCAAAGUCUCUUGACCCGAGGGAACUCCAGGGAAAGGAACUAGGAGAUCCCACUAACCUGCAAAACAUGGGUAUCUCCAAGUUGUGCCACCCACAGAGACAAGGUGAGCUGGAACCUCAGGAUUUAAGAGGAGCAGCGGUCCUCCAUUCAGGAACCCUUCAAGAACUUCCUCCAAAACACAUAGAGGGCCCUCGAUUCCAACAAGAACUUGAGUGUGGGACCCAGAAGACUGGACAGGUGGAGAUAGAGCCUACCCAAGUGCAGGGGCCACUGAGAAACAGGGGAGGGGACCUUUGUUCCCAAGAACUGAAGGGUGCCCAGAUUUUCUACUCCAAAGAAUGUGGAGAGCUGGAGAAGUUUCCCCUCCAGAGCGAGACUCUUCAGAUUCAGGGGUUUGUGCAAAGGGAACCAGAGUCCCAGGAACUGGUGGAGCCUCAGUCUCUUGAUCCUCAAGAAAAGAGGGAGGUGCAAAGCCCUCCGCUCCUGAGAAACCUGCUGAGGAAAUCUAAGACACUUGGGCACUGGACCCCAACAAGGGGAGAUGGCCUUGUCCAAAGGCCAGAAAGCCUUCAUGACCAACCGGUGAAGGAGCCUCUUCAGGGACUUGUGGGGCAGAAGUCACAAAACACUCAAGGGCAAAGCCAACUGGACCAGAGAACACUGGACAUUGCUGAAGGGACUCCAGGGAGUCUUGACUCCCACAGAGAAGGUUACAAAAUGGAGGCGGAAAGCAUCAAAUCCCCCAGAUCUCUACCUGUGAGCCAGGACUUCCUUCGGGAGCAAAGAGAUGAGAUGUUCGUAGCUCAGCCAGUCAGUUUGCCCCAGACCCUUCCUCCUCACAAGGCCCCCCAGGUCGAUCUUGAGCAGCUCCCGGAACUGGAAGGGUUCUACCAUGAACUGGAAGCUCUUCAGCCCCAAGGGCUGAGGUCUGGGGAGGCCCAACAGCCACAAGAAAACAGGGAUUUUGGUGAACCAGAGAAGCAAGCGGCAGCUGAACCCCAGGGAACAAUGGGCCUUGAGAUCCCUCAGGAGUGGAGAGGUUCGGAGUCCCACCAGCCUCCACCAACAGAUCAGGAGGCCACUGAGACACGUGAGACACGGCAAGGUCAGCAGAUGAUCCCUCAGCCUCCCCCAAGCCAGAAGGGAGUUGAGGGGCUUUGUCAGCCCCCAGGAAGACGUGUGAGAUCGCCAAAGCUGAAGGCACCUCAGAAAAUCCCGGGGCAAGAAUGUUCACCAGAGGCAUCUGCCGAGGUUCCAGGGGUGAGCGAACCCCACGUUUUCCAGUCCCAGGAAAGCAUGGAGCCACAGGCUGAGUGGGGUUCCCUUAAAGCUGAGGGGAGCAUGGCCCAGCUGGAACCCGCACCCACAGAGCCCCACAAGCAGCAUCGCUUGGAGUUGUGGGGAGUUCUGCUGGGGAGGUCCAAGUCUCUUGACCCUCAGGAGUUGACGAGGACACAAGACCUUGAGGACACCCGGGGAAUGAGGAGGGCAGGGGAAGACCCACGUUCUCAGGACAGCGAGAUGCCCUCACCCCAAGAGCCACCGUACUACCAGCCGCAGCAAACUCUUCAGCCCCACAGCAGUUUCCCAAACCGUCAGGGAACUCCCGAGGAAGUGCGGGACCCAAACACCCUUUUCCGCCAGAAUCUGAGGGAACCCAAGGUCCAUGGCAUGGGUGAUCAUUUCCAGGUAGAAGAUGGGGUGCAGCGCCAUCUCCCAGAAGGAGCAAAGCUGUGCCGGGUGUGCAGGCAACAGGAGCUCCAAGGAGAGGUGGGAGCCCUUGAUUCUCAAGGGACGGAAGGACCACGGGCUUUUCAGAGUCAGGAACAGAGAUUGAAGGAAGCAUUGUCAGCUGAAGGACCUCAACCAAGGAUGCUCUCAGCCCCUGGGAUGUACCACUCGGACCGUGGAGAUCUGGAGCCUGGAGUGCCGAGCAGAAGGCUGGAGGCAUCUCCCCUGUGGGAGCAGGCCCCCAUUGGCACCUGGAAGUCCACCGCCAUGGCCAUGCUUUCUCCCCCCAGCCCUGGAGAGCAUGACGAAGAGUCCCUGUGGACACCAGCAGCUCUUGGCGUGGGCCUGUCAAGAGAGAGCUCCAUCUGCAUAGCCCAGCCUGAGAGGCGCUCUGGAGUGUCUUGGGACGGCGAAGUUGACAUGAGUUCCACAGGCUCCAUGAUUUCUCCGUUUUGGGAGGAGUCAGCUGCUUACUCUGAGGCAGACAGCAGCUCCAUGGCGAUGGCAGGCAGCUCCCGCAGUGCGGCUGCAGAAGAGGCAGGUGGGCACCAGCCUCCCCGCCCUCGCCCACCGUGCCGGGAGAAGGCCUUUGUGUGGCUGUCCCGCCAGGAGAAGGAGGCGGCUCUGCGGCGCUUGGCAGAACUUCAGGCCGAGGGAGAACGGCGGCACCAGCGGGACAAGGAGCGCCAGACCCUGCGGUUCCAAGAGAGGCUGUCCAUCGCCAAACACCGCAAAUCUGAGGACGACCUUCUGGGAAGCAGUCCGGCAGAGUUCUGGCCUCUCCCAUCAGAGUACGAGGGCCAGCAAGACCAGGCUGGACAGAAAACCGCAGUGAAACGUCACUUGGAGAAGGUGAAGAGAGAGCGGACCUAUGUCAUGCAGUCCAAGAGAGAGAGGAACACGCUGCGAUUCAAGGAGCUCCUGAACCCACUGGUGGCCGAAGGAGAGGAGACUCCUGAGCAAGAACAGCCUGGAGACUCGUGAACAGAGCAGGAGGAGGACCUGCCCCUCAGAUCCGCCCCACUUCUGCCUGCCUUCCUGCAGGACCCACCUUGUUUCUAAGCCUAUUGCUAUUUCAACUUUUCGAAAGCCUUCAAUGGUUGUUCCGAUUUCCCCUUUGCAAUAAUUGUAU